AUAAUAAAUUUAAAAAAAAUUAAUGCAAUCAGAUGCAAUGAAAAUGUUCAUAAAUGUGACAAUUUUUAUGAUUCCCAAGAAAAUGUUCUUAAUUAUGACAAGUUUUAUGAUUCCUCUGAAAGUAUUAAUAGUUGUGGCAAAUCAUUUGAUAAAAUUAAAUAUGAUGAUGAAGAUGGAAAACUUGAUAACACUCACUAUAGUAUAUACAGCAAAGUACAACCAUAUAACACAGUGAAAUGCGAAUUACCUAUAAUGGAUAUGUAUAGACCCAAGAAAAAAUCUAUAUUCUCAAGAAUAUUUAAAUUUCUGAGAAAAGCAGAUACAAAAUAUGAAAGGCAAAUAUAUAAUGUACUAAAUGAUGAUAUACCUGAAAAUAUUAAAAAUCUUUUUGUUAUAUCAGUUGCUUCAUUAAUAUUUCUAUUAGUGAUAUUAAAUGGGUUUGUAUCAGUCACUAUAAUAUCCUCAUUAAUUAAUAUGUUAUUUGUUUUCUUACCCAUUAUAUUAAUGUAA